AUGGUCUGUGGACACUUCAAACUCACUGCCCUCCUGGAUGGUCCGCUAGAAAGAAAAUAGAAAGAUUAUAUACUCUUAAUACACAUUAAAAGUAGCCAGUGUGGUGCCCUUCAGAUGUUGUUAGGCCCCAGUUCUCAUCAUUCCCAGCCGACAUGCCCAGUGGUGGGAUUCGUAAUCUGGCAAUAUCUGAAAGGUACUACAUUCUUUGCUUUGUCCUACAUGCCCAAAGUCAUGAGAAAAGCUUUGACAAUCCUGUGAGGCCGACCAAGCUUCCCCUACUCCCCGCCCCAUAUUCCAUAUUAACAAUGAAGACCAAGAAGCAGUUGAGCAGUUGAGAACUAAAAACAGAAAUACAGUGGUACCUCGGGUUACAUACGCUUCAGGUUACAUACGCUUCAGGUUACAGACUCUGCUAACCCAGAAAUAUUACCUCAGGUUAAGAACUUUGCUUCAGGAUGAGAACAGAAAUCGUGCUCCGGUGGCGCGGCAGCAGCAGGAGGCCCCAUUAGCUAAAGUGCUACCUCAGGUUAAGAACAGUUUCAGGUUAAGAACGGACCUCCGGAACGAAUUAAGUACUUAACCCGAGGUACCACUGUAAGGUGAUACCUCAGGACCCUGAAACAUGCCUCUUGUAGUCAAAAAAACAGCAUCAGAAUAACUCAUCUCAGCAAUAGCACACAUACGUUAAUGUUUCUUUCUCUACAAAACAAUAGUUCAUUACCUUUCAGAUAACCAAUCUCAGCUGAAGAUUUUACAUCUUCCAAAAACACUCUAUCCUUUUGUUUUUCUUCUCUCCCACAGUUUCUCCAGGUGCCCCCACCGUUUUCCCACUUAUUCCGUCUUCUAAGUGCAUUGCAAAUGAUGCAAGAAUCACCGUAGGGUGUUUGGCCAAGGGUUUCCCUGACCCAGUCACUUUCUCCUGGAGCAAUGCCACUGGCAGGACCUUCGAGAUUAAGAAAUUUCCUUCAAUCUGGUCCUUCAAUGGGGCUUUCACCGUAAGCUCCCAGGCGGUUAUUUCUGCUAAUGCUUGGAGCAAUUUCAACCCCUUCUAUUGCACGGCUGCUCACAAAGCAACAACCAGGACAGCACAAGUGGUUCGUCAGCGUAAGUGAAUUUAUUUGUCUUUUCUUUCUUUCUUUCUUUCUUUCUUUCUUUCUUUCUUUCUUUCUUUCUUUCUUUCAAAAAACAACAUUACCCAGCAGCCAACAGCAACACAAACCAGGAGAUUAGCAUCAAGUAUGUAUCUUGCAUCCAAUUAACUAUCUAGUUCCUAAAGUGCUUUACAGCACAUCAUUUUAUCUUCUUGACACAAUGAACAAUUAUGUAAGUCCAGGUCAGAACUAAGACAUUCCUGCAUUGGAUGUUUAUUUAUUUAUUUCAAGGAGAGAAAGGAAAGGAGAGGAUCUUGCCCUUGAUUUAAGAUGAGAAAUAGUGUUUCUUUCCCCUUCCCCUUGUCCCAUGUCUAGGAAGCAUGGGUCCGAGCAAUUUUCCUUUUCCCAGACAAAAACCGCUCUUCACUGCUGAAUUGGCGCAAAUGUCAAACCAACAAAAACCUGACUGAUGUUUCCUCCUAUUGAGCAACAAAGACUGGGUUUUCCUGGGGGAAAGCAGUGGGACAAGCAGAAGUUUGUAUGAGCCCUGGCAUAUGAUUACCCUGUAGCAUGGGAAAUGAACUCUUUACCUUCUCUGUUUUUACUCUUAAAUUUGUUCUGAGGCUGCGCCCUGCCUCUGCAGGCUGAACCCAACUCACAUUUGGUUUGCCUCAAAUGAAGCCCUGCUCCAGUUGAUUUAAUGUGAACAUGCUUCUCUAGAGUAGGCCAGGCACACAAUCUGCUAGAAGACAAUCUCAUGAAUUUGGUCUGCAGACCUCUCCACAUAAGAAUACCUCCAGUUGUAUAUCUUACCCUUGGGUUGCUGGAUUCAUCUGCGAUGAAACAGUUACUUUGCACUGUUUUCCUUCCUUCUCAAGCACUGAACCCGGCCACUCCACCUAACAUUAUCAUCAGCGCACCACGCCUAAUGGAUUUUGUGGGGUCCCCCUUAAAUGCCACCAUCACCUGCAAUGCUAUUAAUCUGCACACUGAGAAAACCACGCUCCAGUGGCUGAGGGAUGAAGCAGUUCUUGAAUCGGAUGGCCCCACUACCAUUUCAACCUCAAAAUGCAGUCACAGCCUGAGGAGUGAGCUAACAGUCACCAAGAGAGACUGGGACAAUGGCAAGAAGUUUUCCUGCAACGUGUUCAAUGAGAAAUUCAAUGGGAUAAGGAACAUCAGCAAACCCCUUAUUUGUGGCAGUAAGUUGAAAAUUCCAUCCAGAAACUGGUUUGCCAUUCCAACGCAACGGGGGCAGAUCUAAUCUUGUUCUCAGGAAGAAGCACUCAAUAUAUUUGGUCACAUUCUGGAAAUAUUUGUUGAGUAACACAGCAGAGAUUGAGGUUUAUUCACUAAAACUCAUCUAGGAAUUCAUCAGAAUCUAUACAUGCCUACAGGCUAAACCAGAGGUGGGCUUGCUCUAGAAUACUGAGUUACCUUACCUAAACAGAUUCUAGGGCAAGAUCUGAUGACACAUACUGCAGAAACAGUAUCCUUCAGCAUAUUCUAGGAUACUGCUGGAGUAGAUCCAAGCUUGGUUUUAUUGUUACAUGAGAUAUUAUGGUAGUCAUUGCCCCCAUUUUUUUCUACUGAGCCAAUGCUGACAUUAUUUUUAUAGACGAAAAACAAACAAAAUCUCCUUGUAUUUUUUAAAAAAUAUUUCCCCUAGUGAAGGCUUUGUGUAUUUGGGGUUUUACAAGGCACAGUGUAGAAACUCUAGAUCUGGCAGAUCAGAGGAUCACUAAGGAAACAGACUUGUGCAGCAGCUGGCAAGGACCAAGGACUCCCAUCUACAAGACCUUCUCUAAUCUAUAUAGUGCACAGAAAGGAUGGGGAAAUUCUCAAUUUUAGUUGGCCAUAAAAAUAGAACUCUUGUGUACUUUGGAUUUUCAAUCAGAUAUAUGUUGGGGAUUAAGAGCAAACAGGUUUUGAGGUGCCAAUAGAAGUUGGUCUGCUGUGGAAUUGAAUGUUCUUCUUACUUCUUUUAAGAUCUUCCUGUCCCUGUCAAGGUUGAGACCAUCCAGCCUUCCUUUGCUGAUAUUUUCCAAACCAAAACAGCCAUUCUGACCUGCAGAAUUUCGAACAUACCUGAGGACCAAGAUCUUAAGGAGCUGAAAGUCACCUGGACACGAGCAGUUGAUGGCACACCCCUAGAGACUAUCCUUAAACCGUUCCAAGAACAAGAAAGCAGUGGGCUGCUAUUCAAGGAUGCAGUAGCUACAGUGAAUGCAGAUGAGUGGAACAAAGGGGAAACUUUCAAAUGCAAUAUUAUUCACCCAGCUUUAUUUCCCUCAAUGGAAGUCAGAUCCCUGCGCAAGCCUCAAGGUAGGUGUCUAUUUUACAUCAUCCUACAAAAAUGGCUAACAACCCUCAAUGUCACUUUUUUAAAGGACUUUGGCUUUACCAGACUCCAGAAGGCUCAUAAUAGUUUUGCUCUGCCCUAACAAUAAUUAAGUAUAAUUGGACAGGAAAAUUGGCUUCCAGGUGGAAAGAUCCAAAUUAGAAACAGAAUUGUUAGAACCCAAGACUAAGAAUUUGUCAAGAAUGUAUAACUUGCUGCUGAAAUGGAAUACUCAAGAUGAAACGGUAAAAUCGGCUAUGAUUAAAUGGGCACAGGACGUUGGAUAUAACAUUAUGUUUGCUGACUGGGAACAGUUAUGGACCACAGGUAUGAAAUUUACGGCAUGUAAUGCCUUAAGAGAGAAUAUUAUGAAAAUGAUAUACAGGUGGUACAUAACCCCAGUCAAGCUUGUGAAAAUCUAUCACUUGCCCGAUAACAAAUGUUGGAAAUGUAAAGAAACUGAAGGUACAUUUUUCACCUUUGGUGGACGUGCCCAAAGAUUAAGGCAUUCUGGGAAAUGAUAUAUAAUGAAUUAAAAAAGGUAUUUAAGUAUACCUUCCCUAAGAAACCAGAGGCCUUUCUCCUGGGCAUAGCCGGCCAAAUGGUGUUAAAAAAGGAUAGAACUUUCUUUAUGUACGCAACAACAGCAGCAAGAAUACUCAUCGCAAAGUGUUGGAAGACACAAGAACUUCCCAAACUGGAGGAAUGGCAGAUGAAACUUAUGGACUAUAUGGAAUUGGCGGAAAUGACUGGUAGAAUCCGUGACCAGGGAGAAGAGUUGAUGGAGGAAGACUGGAAGAAAUUCAAAGACUAUCUUCAGAAACAUUACAAAAUUAAGGAAUGUUAAAGGGAUGUUGGACUGAAAGUAAGUGGUUUCCAGCUGCACAGGUUAAAGUUAAUGAUAGAUUAAGAUUAAAGAUCAAGAUUAAAGAUGUUUAAAGAAAUGGAAAUUUGAUACUAAGAGGGAAAAUUUUAACGUUAUAUGAUAUUAAGAUCAAGGAUUAGGUUUAAAAAGUUGAAGUUAUAUAUUUUAACAUUUUAUUAAAUUAAAGAUUGGGAUUAAAAAAGUGGAAAAGAAACUGCAGGACAAAUAAUGUGGAUUGGAAUACAAAAGAGGGAGGUAUGAGGAAGUCCAGAAAAUAAGUAAUUUAAAAUUGGAAAUGGAAAAGAGAGUUUGUUUUUAAUUGUUAUGCUUUUUGUUUUUUAUUGUUGAGUUUUGUAUUGUUUUUUUGUGUGUGUUGUUUUUUUUCUUUUGUUGUUUAAAACUUUAAUAAAAAUUAUUUAAAAACAAAAAAAACAAUAAUUAAGUAUAGAUUUUUCCCAACCUGGUGGCCUCCCGCUAUUCUGGACUAAAAUCUCUAAUGGAAAUGAGUAUUUGGUUACAUAUAUCACCAGUCUUUUAGAUAUAUAUUUAUUUUUAGCAAUCUUUUCUUUUCUUUUCUUUUCUUUUCUUUUCUGUUUUUCUCUUUUUCUCUUUUUCUAUUUUGUUAUCUUUAUUUGGUAUUUGUUUGUAUGGCAUAUAUGUUUGUCAGCAUAUGAAUAAACUGAAGAAUUGUUAAAAAAUAAAAAUAAAAUUUCUAUCACCUUGGACUAUUGGUCAUGCAAACUAUGGCAGCUAUCUUUCAUAGUCCAAAAUAUCAGGAGACUAGCAGUUGGUAAUGGCUGAUUUGAUACCUGAGUCUAAGCCUUUGGCAGACCUAAAGAUGUCUCCAUUUCAAUUGAUUAAAUUCCAGUUAGUACUUUUUUUGAUCACACUUAUUAUUUUAAUACUUCCUCUUAUUUCUCUGGGUGCCUAAUGAGAUAGACCAAACUGAGUUACAAUGGUGUGACUGAGGCCAACCAGUGUGAACUUUAAGAAAUUCAAAUGUGGGUUUCCAACUUCCAAAGCAAAAAUAUUUCACCACAGUUUCUGUUCGCAAAUUUCAGGUCACACUAAUCUGCAGCGUAGAAACUGUAUUCAUGGCCUUCAGUUUAGGGACAAGCUGUGCCCACGAAGACAAAGACAACCCACCAGCCAUGUAUUGUGUGGCAUUUCAUGUGCCUUUUUCAGACAGGCAACCAAAACAGAACAACAAUUUAGCUCCUAGUAGGCUAUCAAAAAUCCUUGGUAUUGUCCAUGUGGCUUAAUAGGUCAUAAAUGAUACAAGACUGCUCUUAGAGUAGAUGAAGCUCCCAUUCUAAGCCCACCUCAGCAAUGAAGAGAUGAUGUGUCUGCAUUGGUUUAGUGGGAAUGUGAACCAUAGUCUCUCUGUUUCUCUUGUGCUCUUCCACUCUUUUUACGUACAUGCACACACUGAGCAGUGGACCAUGUCAUCCCAGUCUUUAAUAAAAAUCCAGAUUUAGAAAGCCAUUGCAUCUGGUCAUCUUUGAUCAAUGUCCAGGUCACCUGAUAUAAGACUUCUACCAUUCAUCUUAUGUCUUCAUCUAACUCUCUCAAACCAUACAAAUGAGGUCAUGCUUAAGAAAGGAAGGCAACAAGAUACUUUUAAAACCAUGCAUUUGAUAUUCUCUUCAUCCCCCCCCCUCCUUUAACCUUCCAGAUGGCAACCCCUCUGCUCCACAUAUCUACAUCCUUCCUCCUCCUUUGGAUCAGCUGGCUCUGCAGGAAACAGCCACUGUCACUUGUUUGAUGAAAGAUUUCUCCCCUCCUGAGUUCUUUGUCAAAUGGCUGCGGAAUGAUGAGCCCGUGGAUGCUUCCAAAUACUUCACCAGCACAGCCACCCAGGAGUCCAAGGCACCCAAGCGGUAUUACGCCUAUAGCAUGCUGAACGUCAAUGCAGAAGAGUGGAAUUCUGGAACUACUUACACUUGCGUGGUGGGGCAUGAGAUGUUGCCCCUCCAGACAUCUCAGAAGACCAUAGACAAGAAUACGGGUAAACCAACCAUUGUCAACGUCUCCCUCUUGCUCUCCGACAUCACCAGCAGUUGCCAAUAGCCAUUCUUGUCAAGCCUCCUGCACAUCUUUCUCAGCUUCCUAAUUCUGCCAGCACCUACUUUCCCUUCUUGUGUCUCCAUUUGUUUAAUUACUGGCCUUUUGGGGAGGAAAAGAGGGGUGUUGUACCCUGAACGUUGUAGAAUUAACUGGCCUCAUCUCUUUGAAGUAAAACAAUAGUUUGAAAUGAAGAAAGUUUAUCAAAACAUAAGAAGAUAAUUCUGUCUUGUGGUUAGAAAUGGUGAUAAGGGGGUUAAUGUUAACCCCCAGUCACACAAACGUCAGAUGAGGUCUCUACCCCCCUUUGAAUUGGAUGGGAAAUUAAGCUUCCACCUACAGCAUCUUCUCAGAUAUGAUCUGGAAUUUUCAGAGGGUGAUAGAAGCAAUAGACACCCAAUCUUCCAUGAUUGUGCUUGCAGGACUUACUGUUUCCAGAAAUCACUUGGUCCAUUAGGUGCAUCAUGAUGGAAGAAUCUAGAGCUUCAUUAACAAGCAGGGCAUAUACACAUAUAGCAAUCAAUCAAUCAAUCAAUCAAUCAAUCAAUGUUAUGGUUGCUUUUGUUAUCAUUGACAAUGGCUACUACCUACAAUGGCUAUGUUCCCCAUUUGUGAACCCCUUAUUUGUGGCAGUAAGUUGAAAAUUCCAUCAGGAAACUUGUUUGCCGUUCCAACGCAACAGGGACAGAUCUAAUCUUGUCCUCAGGAAGAAGCACUCAAUAUAUUUGACUGCAUUCUGGGAAUAUUUGUUGAGUAACACAGCAGAGAUUCUAGUUUAUUCACUAAAACUCAUCUAGGAUUUCAUCAGAAUCUAUACAUGCCUACAGGCUGAACCAGAGGUGGACUUGCUCUAGAAUACUGAGUUAUCUUACCUAAACAGAUUCUAGGGCAAGGUCUGAAGUGAAGACACAUACUGCAGAAACAGUAUCCUUCAGCAUAUUCUAGGAUACUGCUGGGGUAGGUCCAAACUUGGUUUUAGUGUUACAUGAGAUAUUAUGGUAGUCAUUGCCCCCAUUCUUUUCUACUGAGCCAAUGCUGAUAUUAUUUUUAUAGACAAAAAACAAACAAAAUCAGUGGAUCACUAAGGAAACACACUUGUGCAGCAGCUGGCAAGGACUCCCAUCUACAAGACCUUUUCCAAUCUAUAUGGUGCACACAAAGGAUGGAGAAAUUCUCAAUUUUAGUUGGCCAUAAAAAUAGAACUGUUUUAAUUGUCUGUUUUAAUGCGAGUCUUUUAGUUCUGACCCUCUUACAGUUGUUUUAACUGAAUGUUUUUAUUUGUUUUUAGUUUUUAUCUGUUUUAAUUAUCAGUUUUGUUUUUUACCCACUUAAUAUUCUAUUCUCUGACUGCUGGUCUAUGACUGUAAUAAACUGAUUGAUUGAUUGAAUCAGAUAUAUGUUGGAGAUUAAGAAAAAACAGGUUUUGAGGUGUCAGUAGAAGUUGGUCUGCUGUGGAACUGAAUGCUCUUCUUCUUUUUUAGAUCUCCUUGUCCCUGUCAAGGUUGAGACCAUCCAGCCUUCCUUUGUUGAUAUUUUCCAAACCAAGAUGGCCAAUCUGACCUGCAGAAUUUCGAACAUACCUGAGGAGCAAGAUCUUGAGGAGCUGAAAGUCACCUGGACACGAGCAGAUGAUGACACACCCCUAGAGACUAUCCUUAAACCGUCCCAAGAACAAGAAAGCAGUGGUCUGCUAUUCAAGGAUGCAAUAGCUACGGUGUGUGCAGAUGAGUGGAACAAAGGGGAAACUUUCAAAUGCAAAAUUAUUCACCCAGCUUUAUUUCCCUCAAUGGAAGUCAGAUCCCUGCGCAAGCCUCAAGGUAGGUGUCUAUUUUACAUCAUCCUACAAAAAUGGCUAACAACGCUCAAUGUCACCUUAUUAGGACUUUGGCUUUACCAGACUCCAGAAGGCUCAGAAUAGUUUUGUUCUGCCCUAACAAUCAUUAAGUAUAGAUUUUUCCCAAACUGGUAGCCUCCAGCGAUUCUGGACUAAAAUUUCUAUCAUCUUUGACUAUUGGUCAUGCUAACUAGGGCAGAUAUGUUUCAGAGUCCAAAAUAUCAGGAGAGUAGCAUUUUGGGAAUGGCUGAUUUGAUACCCGAAUCUAAGCCUAUGGCAGACGUAAAGAUGUCUCCAUUUCAGUUGAUUUAAUUUCAGUUAGUACUUCUUUUGCUCAUACUUAUUAUUUUAAUAGUUCCUUUUAAUGCACUGGAUGUCUAAUGAGGUAGACCAAAAUGAGUUACAAUGGUGUGACUGAGGCCAACCAGUGUGAACUUUAAGAGAUUCAAAUGUGGGUUUCCAACUUCCAAAGCAAAAAUAUUUCACCACUUAGUUUCAGUUCACAAAUUUCAGGUCACACCAACCUGCAGCAUAGAAACUGUAUUCAUGGCCUUCAGUUUAGGGACAAGCAGUGCCCAUAAAGGCAAAGACAACCCACCAGCCAUGUAUUGUGUGGCAUUUCAUGUGCCUUUUUCAGACAGGCAACCGAAACAGAACAACAAUUUAGCUCCUAGUAGGCUAUCAAAAAUCCUUGGUAUUGUCCAUGUGGCUUAAUGGGUCAUAAAUGAUACAAGACUGCUCAUAGAGUAGAUGAAGCUCCCAUUCUAAGCCAACCUCAGCAAUGAAGAGAAGAUGUGUCUGCAUGUGCUUAGUGGGAACAUGAACCAUGUCAUCACAGUCUUUAAUAAAAAUCCAAAUUUAGAAAGCCAUUGCAUCUGGUCAUCUUUGGUCAAUGUCCAGGUCACCCUGCUAGAAGACGUCUACCAUUCAUCUUAUAUGUCUUCAUCUGACUCUCUCAAACCAAAAAAAUGAGAUCAUGGUUAAGAAAGGAAGGAAACAAGAUGGUUAGCAAUGUACUUUUAAAACCAUGCAUUUGAUAAUCUCUUCAUCCCCCCUCCUUUAACCUUCCAGAUGGCAACCCCUCUGCUCCACAUAUCUACAUCCUCCCUCCUCCUCCAGAUCAGCUGGCUCUGCAGGAAACAGCCACCAUCACUUGUUUGAUGAAAGAUUUCUCCCCUCCUGAGUUUUUUGUCAAAUGGCUGCAGAAUGAUGAGCCUGUGGAUGCUUCCAAAUACUUCACCAGCACAGCCACCCAGGAGUCCAAGGCACCCAUGCGGUAUUACGCCUAUAGCAUGCUGAACAUCUACGCAGAAGAGUGGAAUUCUGGAAAUACUUACACUUGCGUGGUGGGGCAUGAGAUGUUGCCCCUUCAGACGUCUCAGAAGACCGUAGACAAGAAUACGGGUAAACCAACCGUUGUCAACGUCUCCCUCGUGCUCUCCGACAUUGCCAGCACUUGCCAAUAGCCAUUCUUGUCAAGCCUCCUACACAUCUUUCUCAUCUUCCUAAUUCUGCCAGCAUCUGCUUUCCCUUCUUGUGUCUCCAUUUGUUUAAUUACUGGCCUUUUGGGGAGGAAAAGUGGGGUGAUGUACCCUGAAGGUUGUAGAAUUAACUAGCCUCAUCUCUUUGAAGUAAAACAAUAGUUUGAAAUAAAGAAAGUUUAUCGAAACAUAUGAAGAUAAUUCUGUCUUGUGGUUAGAAAUGGUGAUAAGGGGGUUAAUGUUAAUCCCCAGUCACACAAACAUGAGAUGAGGUCUCUACCCCCCUUUGAAUUGGAUGGGAAUUGGAUGGGAAAGCUUCUACUCACAGCACCUUCUCAAAUAUGAUCUGGAUUUUUCAGAGGGUGAUAGAAGCAUUGGACACCCAAUCUUCCAUGAUUGUGUUUGCAGGACUUACUGUUUCCAGAAAUCACUUUGUGCAUUAGGUGUAUCAUGUUGGAAAAUUCUAGAGCUUCAUUAACAAGCAUGGCAUAUAAACAUAUAGCACAAAAUAAAUAAAUAAAGGUUAUGGUUGCUUUUGUUAUCAUUGACAAUGGCUACUACCUACAAUGGCUAUGUUCCCCAGAGGGGCUGGGGCAACCCAGCCAAAUCGGCAGGGUAUUUAUUAUUAUUAUUAUUAUUAUUAUUAUUAUUAUUAUUAUUAUUAUUCCACCUACACUGUUGGAGGCAAUCUGCCUCUGAAUACCAAUUGCUGCUGGUGGUGGGAACCACUGUUGCAUUCAGGUCCUGUUCAUGGGCUUCCCAAAUGUAUACAAUUGCCCACGGAGAUUAUCCGAUGCUAAAUGGGCCUUUGACCUGAUCCUGCAGGAGUCUUCUUCUAUUAUUCUUACUACAUUUAAAACAGAAAUAUCAACAUGAACUAAUUUAUUGAAUUCAUUCAGUCACACGCACACAAAUCUCUGACCUUCCGAAUCCUUGGCCAGGUCAAAUCUUCCACUAUCCUUACAGAUAGUGUAAGUCACUCAGAUAGUGUAGUCACUCAGAAGACUACAGAAAAGAUUAGAGGGACCCAGAGCUGCUGCUACUCCAGCACUCUUCCUUAAAAUAGAAUAUAUUGUCCCUGCCUUCCCACCAUCUGCUCCCCUCCCCCCAAAAAAUAAUCCAUGGCAGAUCUUACACAGGAUUUCCUUUUCCAUAGUCACUGUCUCAGGACACGAAGUGCAGUUGCCUCUAGCAUAUCAGGAGCUAGGAAAAUAAACAAUGCUGGGGACACAUGCCUGUUUGGAGGUAUAGGUCACCCAUGUGCCAUACCUCAUUUCCACUCUUCCAAUCAACACUGAGGAAGGCAAGGCUGUGAAAAAACUAGGCCAAUUCUUUCAUUCACGUUAAGCAAAAGUUGCAAAAGUUGUCCUCCUCACUCAUAACAAUUCCCCACUUCUUCUUGGUAAUGGUAGGCUGUAGAAAGCCAAAAAAAAUAUAUCAGCAAGCAUCUCAGCCACAGUAGAAUGUGGAGCCCAGGAGAGCACUUUGAUUUCUUCAGUACUGGUUGGUAUUGAGGUGCAGCCCAAAGGAAUUUCUUUUGGGAAGAUCAGUGCUUUUCAUUCUUAGGUUCCUUUCAUAUAUGGAGUCUGGUUAAAUUGGAUAGUGCUCCUGGAGCAGGAACACAGCCUUCUCCCACAGAGACUUGCCUCAGGUACCUGGAGUUGUUUGUUCUGCUGACACCUUUGCUGCACAGAAUCCCCUAUUUGCUUCUAAUAAACAAAGGUUUAGAAGGUCCAUGCUUAUUACUGGAGAUAAAAACUAAAAGGAAUCUACAGGAUAAAAGGCUUAUAUAUGUACACACAUACACAAAAUGGAUCACACCAAUAUGAUGGAGCAGGCUGAGUUCCAAAUUUAUGAACAGAUGACAAAUGUUCAACCUUCUACUCAGUCAAAUAUAGUAGUGUGGCUUUUCUCAUUUUGUCACACAUACAGUACUGAUGACAGCUGAGAUACAAAUGUAAGGUCAUUUGUAGGUUCAUAAGUGUUACACAGAAUGCUAGAUGGAAUGCUAUUUUGGGAAGAUGGGCAUCCAUACUCUGUGGCAGAACAUUGGCUGAAAAAUUCCAAAUGAUCCCCAUCUUCAAAUCAUAAGAUAAACUCUUAUAAAUGUGUCUCAUGGUUGAGACAUCUCCUCCCGUAUAUUUCAUCAUUAAUGUACGCUCAUUAUUCGUUAAAGUUGCAUUCUACUUUAAAGAUGUAGGCUCAGUAAGGCAAGCUACACUAGCAACUUACUGUAUAAUACAAUACAAUAUGCAAUCCUGUGUACGAUGCUAUGUCAAGAACAACUCAAAAAUCACCCAGGCUGGGUGGGCAGUUAUUGCAAAAUUCCUGAGGGCUGUUCGUGGUUAAGAGAGCAUCAUGUUGAAUAAGGGCUCCUAGACUCCCUUCAGCAAGCAGACCGUACCAUGCAGAACUCCUAAAAGAUUUAUGGCUCUUUGAGUUAAUUGCAUGUUGUUGUUGUUGUUGUUGUUGUUGUUUAGUUGUUUAGUCGUGUCCGACUUUUUGUGACCCCAUGGACCAGAGCACGCCGGGCACUUCUCUUCUCAUGAGGUGGCCAAAGUGUUGGAGCCUCAGCUUCAGGAUCUGUCCUUCCAGUGAGCACUCAGGGCUGAUUUCCUUCAGAAUGGAGAGGUUUGAUCUUCUUGCAGUCCAUGGGACUCUCAAGAGUCUCCCCCAGCACCAGAAUUCAAAAGCAUCAAUUCUUCGGCGAUCAGCCUUCUCUAUGGUCCAGCUUUCACUUCCAUACAUCACUAAAUUGCAUAUUAGAUGUAGGCAAAAUCAGCAUCAUGCUGCCAGCACAACCAAAGGAGGAAACAGUAAACCAUUCACAAUAUUUAAUGCCCCUCGGUACAGCAUGCUACCAUUCCAAUCCUUCCCUAAAUCAGCACCCCUUGCCUUUUCUCAACAUCACCUGUCACCCGCCAGCAUCCAUGUUUGAUUGUGCCCAGUCCAAAAAAAAAAAUUAUUCUCUUGUCUCCCUAAGUAUCUUUUCCACAGUUCCUCACACUCUUUAUGUAACCCAGUUUUGUCCCCUGUGUCGCUUGGCUACACUGAGACCUCCCCAUGUUUCUAAACUGAUCUGCAUGUAUCAUCUAAAGCUUACCUAGAUGUGAUCGUGGAUACUGAUGACGAUGAAGAACUCCAAAACAUCUCAUCAAUCCUUUCCACUUUCAUCAUCCUUUUCCUCGUGAGCCUUUUCUACAGUGUCAUUGUAACUGUCUUCAAGGUAAGAUAUAUGGGGCAGAGGGAGAUAGGCAAAAUGAUCAAUAGUAACUCACUUGUAGCAGACAGGAUAAGGGAGAAAUGAGAGAACGCAAAAGCAACAUGCAGGUACUAUGGUCUUCAUGGGGUAGGCCAAGCCAAGAUUCUAGAAAAGACAAUUAUUUUGCAAAGCGUUCAGGUUAUACAAGUCGAAGGAAUAUUUGUCAAAGAUGCAGAUUAAAUAUUCAGAGCUUUGAUAAUGCAUUUCCCCCUCACUGUAUGGAUAUACAGUUGUACCUUGGAAGUUGAACGCUUUGCGACUCAAACGUUUUGGCUCCUGAAUGCCACAAACCUCGAAGUGAGUGUUCAGGUUUGCAAACAUUUUUUGGAACCCAAACAUCCUGCAGCCAAUCGGAAGCCACGCCUUGGUUUCCAAACAUUUUGGAACUUGGACGGACUACCAGAACGGGUUCCGUUCGACUUCUGACGUACGACUGUAUUUCAGCAAUUUCAAGCAGAACCUGUACAGAUCCAGCACUCUAAGUGAUGUAGAUAACCCCCCUGUCAGUUCCAGUCUUUCAGGAACUCCAAACCAUUGUUUCCACCCAACGGAAAAACCUCCCUAUGCUGCUCAAAGACAGCUUUAUUACAUCACAAAAUGGCAGAGGUAGACGGGACAGGAGGUUGUGAAACAGUGGAGGGUUGUGUGACAUUAUUUUCUUCCAUGACAUUAAUUAUGGUUGUUUUCCAAUUCCAGGUGAAAUAA